AACAGGAUUGAGAAAUGGUGAAGACGAAAGCUGGGGAGAGACCAAAGCAGAGACAGAGGAAAGGGUUCUGGUCACCUGAAGAAGACGAGAAGCUAAGGAGUUUCAUCCUCUCUCAUGGUCAUUCUUGCUGGACCACUGUUCCCAUCAAAGCUGGGUUACAAAGGAAUGGGAAGAGCUGCAGAUUAAGAUGGAUUAAUUACCUAAGACCAGGGUUAAAGAGGGAUAUGAUUAAUGCAGAAGAAGAAGAGAUUAUAAUGAAUUUUCACUCUUCCUUGGGUAACAAGUGGUCGCGGAUUGCGAAGUACUUACCGGGGAGAACAGACAAUGAGAUAAAGAACUAUUGGCACUCUCAUCUGAAGAAGAGAUGGCUCAAGUCUCAGAGGCUUCAACAUGCAACAUCAUCUAUGUCCACUUCUUCUGAAUCACUCGUUGCUUGCGGGAAAAGAAAUCCCAAAACUUUGAUCUCGAGUCACGUCAUCUCCUUCCAGACACCUCCAGAGAAGUCACCUUCAUCUCCAUCGCAAGAAAGCCUUGACAACAACAACAAGAACAACUAUCCAUGCUCUUCUGGUCCUCCUGAGAUUCCAACGCUUUUCUUCUCCGAGUGGUUUUCUUCCUCAGAUCCUCACUUUGAUCAUUCCUCUGAUUUGACCGAGUCUAACCACAACCAAACUCAAACUAUUCAAGGACCUGCCUCAGAUUACGAAGAACCAGGUGAUGUUAAUCGGUUCCCUUACAAUGAGAUGGUGAUGGACAACAGCAGCAACUGGAGUCUUAACGACGUUGUGUUUGGCUCUAAGUGGAGGUAAAAGGAGCAGAAUAUUGAUAGAGACGACUCAGAUUGUAAUUCUUCUGAUUAUUUCUUUUUGUCAUCAACAACAAUGUAAACCAAGUCUAGAACAAUGUAAAUCAAAUUUAUAAAGUGAAAAAAAAUAUGAAAACAUGUUUUUAUUUCUUCUAAAAGUGCUUUGACAUAAUAAAACGGUUACCUCACUAUCACAUGCCCAA